AUGCCACCCUUGAAAGUCGCACCUCCCGCGCGCGUGCCCCUCAAGGCCGCUCGAACCAGUCGACUGGUGAGCGGCACCAGCAACUCGCGAUCUUCAAUCGCCUCAGUUUCCGCCACCAACGUAUGGCAACCGCAGACACGAGGCCCCCCUCCGCAACCACGGAAGGCGCUGACGGCUCCUCUGGCUAAACUGCCCCUCUCAUCUGUCCUACGCUCAUUGCUGGUUCUGUCUGUGUCGUCAUCCUCACUACUCCUCAAGCCAUGCAUCUAUACCCUCUCUUUGUUGGCGCACCCGCGCAAUGCGUUCUGGGAUGUUGCCAAGAAUCCGUUGUUGAACUUGCUCGUCAAGCACACUAUCUACAAACAGUUCAACGCUGGUGAAAACAAGUUGGAGGUGCAGAAUUCGAUCAACAAAAUCAAGGAGCUCGGAUGCCGCGGUGUGCUCUUGGGAUACGCCCGUGAGGUUCUUGUCGGCGAGAACUCGGAUGCUGCGCUCGAUGAGAAGGCUGCCCUGGCUGAGAUCCAGACCUGGAUGGAUGGCACCUUGCAGACAGUCGACAUGGCUCAGCCCGGCGAUUUUGUCGCUUUGAAAUUUACUGGAAUGGGUCACGAUGCCCUUCGUCUCUUGCAAUCCCAGACAAUGCCUACAGAGGUCAUGGAUGCUUCGAUCCUCAAGGUUUGCGACCUUGCCAUCGCCCGUGGUGUUCGCCUCCUGGUGGAUGCGGAAGAGCAGGCCGUGCAGCCUGGCAUUGAGGCCUGGAUCAUGAAGUACCAGAAGUACUGUAACUCGCAGACUCCCGGUCGCGCCAUCUUCUACGGCACCUACCAGGCAUACCUGCGCUCAACCCCCGCAACUCUGGCCCGCCAUCUCGAGAUCGCUCGUGCUGAGGGGUACACACUCGGCGUGAAGCUGGUCCGUGGUGCCUACCUCAAGACCGAGCCCCGCCACGUCAUUUGGGCGAAGAAGGAGGAGACUGACGACUGCUAUGACCAAGUCGUUGAGGCUCUGCUCACCCGCAAGUACAACUCUAUGCUCCAACCUCCUUCCAAGGAUACUCCCACCGAACUUCCUCCCGUCAACGUGAUUAUCGCUACCCACAACCGCGAGUCUGUUCGCAAGGCCCAUGCUCUGCGCAUGCAGCAGAUGACUCGCGGUGAGAACCACGGUGUCGAUCUCAGCUAUGCUCAGCUCCAGGGCAUGGCUGAUGAAGUUAGCCUUGAGCUGCUUCAAGGAUUUGAAAGUGCUGAGAACGGCGUCGGUGCUACUCCCAUUGAGGCUCCCAACGUCUUCAAGCUGUUGACCUGGGGCUCUGUCAAGGAGUGCAUGGGCUUCCUCCUUCGCCGCGCCAUUGAGAACACUGAGGCUGUUGGCCGUACUAAGGAUUCGCAGAUCGCAAUGUUCGGCGAGUUGAAGCGUCGCUGCAGCAGCGUUUUCAGCAGCCGGAACUAG